UGAAGUCGGUUAAAAACUAACAAUGGCAUUUUGAUGGUGAUUUAAAAGUGAUCAACUUCUUAAACUGUAAUACUUACAUUCAUGCUGGGAAUAUUUAUUGUUGGCGUAGCAUUUGACUUUAGGAGAGAUACUUUUGCUUUGCAAUAGAAAAAAUUCGUGUCAAAAUGCUUUGAACAUAUUCUCGCAUUUAUAGACGGUACCCAAUUCUGACGACCAGUUGCAUCAAUCCAUAUUUUACGAAUGCAGGGCUCCGUUGAAAACCUAUGGGACAAAACAUUGUUUUUUUUUUUCAAUUUUGUGGACUUUUGUUUCCCAUUUACAGGCAACAUUGUGAUUGAGGUUAUCUUACACUUAAAAGCUAAAAUUACCACGAAAUAUUAUUAAUAAGAAUGAUUAGUUGGUAGGAAACAGUAAAUUAUUAUGAUUCUGAUAUUAUGUAUCUUUAGUCAAUUGUUUACUUACGAAUGAAAUGAAAUUCCGCCGGCUUUUCUUUCUGUGCGGCUAUUACAGCCUAAUACGCUGCAACUACCCAUAAUUUUAUACACUCAGUACACGUAAUACACUCAGAACACUUUUUUAAUUAACUUCUAAAUGUGUUUAUCACCAAAAAGAACAACAGACACAAGAAAACUAAUAAAAUAUCAGAUCUGUAGUGCUAUUCUGUAAGGUUAUUAUAAAAACUCGAACGCGGAAUCCGCGGUGAGUUUUCGAUUUCGUAUUCUGUAAAACUCGACAGUACUAGUGGCGCCACAUCGUCGAGAGCGGCGACGAGGCGAACUGUGCUAAGUGAGUACUUUUGACGUUUAUAGUAUGAAUUCGGCAUUCUGUAAGGUAAUUUUACACCUCGAACGUCGAGUUCGAGUGUUUACAAAUACGAAUUCACCUGUCAGCAAUUCACUCGUCUAUUAGUUGGCGAGUUCAUGAGUGAGUUAGCGGUUGUGGAACAAAUUUGAUACAAAUUUUAUAUAUUUUUUUUACUAAAAUGGCGCGUUAUUUUAUAUUAAAUGCUAUAAUACGAGAAGCAAAUGCUGUGGAUAUAAUAGAAACUCGCCGGCAAAGUACAGCAUUCGGGAAAUGCAAAUUAUUAAUCGAAAUAAAAAUUUUGUUGAAUGCUACCGUUUAUCGGAAGAACUAGUUUCUCAAGUGAUGGAAGACAUUAAAGUUUUAGUUAAAAAACCUCAACGUCGACGAAGAGGAUUAACUGCUAGAGUCAAGUUGUUAUGCACACUUUCUUUCUUUGCGACUGGGAGCUAUCAAAGGAUAUGUGGAAAACACAUAAAUUCGUUUGUGUCGCAGCCAUCAGCAUCUCGUAGUAUCCACGAGGUCAUAGAAGCCCUAUAAGCCAUCCAAGUAUAUUAAAAAAAUACAUAAGAUUUCCCCAAAAUUCUGAAGAAAGACUGAGACUCAAAACAAGAUUCUAUGAGAAAUUCAGUAUUCCUGGGGUAAUAGGAUGUGUAGAUGGGACUUUUGUGACAAUGGUGAGACCAACUUGCCAUGAAGAACGAUACUACUGUCGCAAAGGAUAUCAUGCAAGAAAUGUACAAAUGUUCACAGAUGCAGAUUUGAACAUAAUACAUGUAGAUGCAACAUAUGGCGGAGCGACUCACGACAGCCUUAUUUUUAAUAAUUGCAUCAUUCGGGACCACCUCGAACAAUUAGUACAAACAGGCGAAUCUGUGUACUUGUUAGGUGAUUCUGGGUAUCCGCAGCGUCAGUACCUAAUGGUGCCAGUUCCAAAUGCAGACGAGGGAACACCAGAACAUCACUAUAACCAGCUGCAUGCUACUGCAAGAAACACCGUAGAAAGAACAAUAGGGGUCCUUAAAGCCAGAUUUAGAUGCCUAUUAGCACAUAGAGUCCUACAUUAUGACCCCGACACGGUUUCGAAGAUUGUAAUAGCAUGUUGCGUGCUUCACAAUAUUUGUAAUCGUGCCGGCCUGCCAGCUCCAGCCAUACUCAAUUCAGAGCUAGAGGUUGAGGCUGGUUUUCAUAGGACCAGACAAAGUGUAGCUUCAAAUGAGGAUGUACCCAAUGAAACUGCACUUGGUCAGCUAUGUAGACAAAGAUUGAUAAAUGAAUUAUGGAGGGCAAGGAACACGCGGGAAUUAUAAUUAAUUCAAACAAAAAUCAAUGCAAAUUAUUUAUUCCGGAAAAUUAUAUUCAUAGGUGUUAGUAACU